AUGACAACACCCAGCAAAUCAGUCUUGUCAGCUCCACCACCUUCGACCCCUGUCCUCAUUUCGAUUGACAACACCAAUGACGAACCCAUUAGAGACCUUAAGGUUGAGGGACCAGGUGUAACGCUAUCUCAGUUGCUUGUGGAUAUCGAAUCUCGUGGAAUCACUACGUGUAGACGACCUCUGGAUGAUGUUGAUGAUGGCGCCAUAAACCAACAAGAAAGUGACGUGAAUGAUGAUUGCGGUGAAGAAGCUACUCAAGUACAAGGCCAUGUUCAAGGAUAUCUGCUCAAGGUGCAAAGCAAGUGGUUGAUGAUGUGA